AUGGAUUCCAAGAUACGAAAUGAACAGGAUGACUUUAAAGAUACCGAAAUCGAACAAUAUGACCAGUACCCAGUACCUACUUUUCGUAAAUCUGUUUACCUCUCGGCAAUCGUAGCCGCCAUUGGUGGCUUUAUUUGUGGUUUCGACACUGGUGCUGUCAGUGGCAUCUUGGUGAUGGAUCUCUUUACCGGCCGAUUUUUCACUGAAGACAACAUCACUUACCUCCAAGGCUUACUACUGGCCUUGUUCUUGAUGACCGCUGCCUUGGGCUCCUUUUCCUCUGGUUAUCUAUGCGAUCGAUUCAGUCGUAAAUAUUCCAUUGUUUUUGCAUCCGGUAUCUUUGUCGUUGGCAUUUUGCUCGAGGUGAUUGGGGCCAAUUUUGGUUGUCUGUUAGCCGGUCGUCUCAUUGGCGGUUGGGGGUCUGGUUUAAUGGGCAAUGCUAUUCCUCUCUACCAUUCGGAAAUUGCUCCUCCGGAUAUCCGUGGUCGUCUGAUCAGCUUUUUCACUUUGAUGAGUACAUUUGGUCAAGUGGCCGGCUACUUUAUCACUUUUGGUACCAGCUAUCUCAGAACCGACUGGCAGUGGCGUGCGCCUUGGUUGCUUCAGUUGCUCCUUUCGCUGAUUUUUGGCGGCAUCAUUAUGACGUUACCCUUCUCUCCUCGUUGGCUCAUCGACAAGGGUCGUAAGGAAGAAGCCGAGAGCAUCCUGGCUGAUCUGUAUGAAUUGCCGGUCGAUCAUCCCAUUGUGCGUCGCGAUCUGAGGGAGAUCAUUUCCGAAAUCGAGUUUGAAAGAUCGUUGGGCAAACGUACCUAUGCCGAACUUUUUCAAGGUACCAAUCUCAAGCGCACCCUUAUCUCGUUCUUCAUUUCCAGUUCCACGUCGUUCACCGGUACCGUCGCCAUUUGGUAUUACGCACCUCAGAUUUUCCAAAGCGCCGGUCUGGAUGAUAAAUCCGUCUCCAUUGCUGCCACGGGUGGUUCUGGUCUUUUAUCGUUAUUGGUGACUGCGCUUUCGUUGCAAUGGUUUAUUGACAAGGUGGGCCGCAAGGCCGCGUUCAUGGUCGGUUCUUCUCUCAUGGGCAUCAGUAUGUUUAUUGUGGGCGCCAUGUUCAGCGCGUAUACUCAAGUCGAUGUCGAAACCGGCGAAGUGUCAUUGACCAAUACCAGCGCACGCAAUACCAUUCUGGCCUUUGUCUACAUUUUCACUGCGGCGUAUGCUUUCAGCUGGGGCAUCGCGUGUUACGUCUAUCCUGCCGAAGUGUUCAAUAUGCGUACCCGUGCCAAGGGUCUCGCAUUGACCUAUGGUCUGAAUUGGGGUUUCUCUAUCUUGAUCACCUAUUGUGUUCCUCUCUUCAUGGCCCAUACCGUGUCGGGUGUCUACUUUUUCUUCGGCGCUUGUUGUGUUGUCUGCUUUAUCGGUGUCUGCUUCAUUCCUGAAACCAAGGGCCUGACUCUGGAACAAAUGGAAACGCUGUUUGGAGCACAGUAA